UCGCCAGAUUUCCGCAAGGUGGCGACUACGGCGGGCGCAGACUAAACCGACAGACGUGCGAGCGACUUUUUUCUAUACGAAAAGCCUAAGAGCAAGUGCAAAUCCCGAGCAACGCAAUGGCCGCUAGAUUUAUACAGAAAAUUCUUAAUCAAUUGGGUCUGACUGCUGCGCGUGAUGCGACGUCAGCGGCGACGGCAACGUCGGCGCUCAAAGCCCAGGUCAACACAACUCCCGCGGCCAGCCGGGCCUACUCGUCCGGAGCCAAGAAGGUCACGCUGAUUCCCGGCGAUGGCAUCGGACCCGAGAUCUCCGCUGCUGUGCAGAAGAUCUUUACUGCCGCCAAUGUGCCCAUUGAGUGGGAGGCCGUCGAUGUGACCCCAGUUCGUGGCGCCGAUGGAAAGUUCGGCAUUCCACAGGCCGCCAUCGAUUCGGUUAACACGAACAAGAUCGGCCUGAAGGGACCACUGAUGACGCCCGUGGGCAAGGGCCAUCGCUCUCUGAACCUGGCCCUGCGCAAGGAGUUCAAUCUGUAUGCCAAUGUGCGCCCCUGCCGCAGCCUCGAGGGCUACAAGACGCUGUACGACAACGUCGACGUGGUCACCAUCCGCGAGAACACCGAGGGCGAGUACUCGGGCAUUGAGCACGAGAUCGUCGAUGGCGUUGUCCAGAGUAUCAAGCUGAUCACCGAGGAGGCCUCCAAGCGUGUGGCCGAGUACGCCUUCCAGUAUGCGAAGAACAACAAUCGCAAGAAGGUGACCGUUGUGCACAAGGCAAACAUUAUGCGCAUGUCUGACGGUCUGUUCCUGCGCUGUGUGCGCGACAUGGCCCAGAAGUUCCCGGAAAUCCAGUUCGAGGAGCGUUACCUGGACACGGUGUGCCUGAACAUGGUGCAGAACCCCGGCAAAUACGACGUGCUGGUGAUGCCCAAUCUGUAUGGUGAUAUUCUGUCUGAUAUGUGCGCCGGUUUGGUCGGCGGUCUUGGACUGACGCCCUCUGGCAACAUGGGUCUCAACGGCGCUCUGUUCGAGUCUGUGCACGGCACUGCCCCCGAUAUUGCCGGCAAGGAUCUGGCCAAUCCCACUGCCCUGCUGCUGUCGGCGGUGAUGAUGUUGCGUCACAUGGAGCUUAACCAGUAUGCGGACAAGAUCGAGCGGGCUGCGUUCGAAACAAUUAAGGAGAGCAAGUAUCUCACCGGCGAUCUGGGUGGCCGUGCCAAGUGCUCCGAGUUCACAAACGAGAUCUGCGCCAAGCUGUAGACGGCUGCGCGGACAACCCGCCCCUCAAAAACUGUAGCCAGUAUCAUCUCGUCAACAACAACAACAACAACCGAAGCGAACCCGGAAUGAACAUCAGAUUGGAGCGUAGCAAAAGCAGAAGCAGAACCAGAACCAGAGGAGAGAGUCCUCAAUACGAGGAUGCAGCAUGAACAACAGCAACUAAGCACUCGCCCUUCGAAACCAAAAACCAAUAUGUAGCAGCAAUAGCCACACUCACAACACACCUUGCCGCCAGUUUCCAGCGUUAAACCCUUUUCAAAUUCUCCCAACCAGACCCAAGAGUCAAACCCCAAAACAAAUGUUAUAAACAAAGUGAAAACAGAAAAGAGCUACCCAAAGUAUUUUUAUGUUCGAAUACUUAUGUAUAUUAUUUAAUUUGCUUAGGCCAAAAUUAUUGCAAGUGUUAAAAUUCGUUAGUUUUUUGCCAAUUUUACUUGCUGUUAGUAAAGUAUUUUUUGUCGCCAUCCAAAAACCAGAACCCUGAGCUAUUAUUGUUUAUAUGAAUCCUAUAUGCCGCAAGGUAAUUGUAAUUAUUUAUUGAAUAUUAAUUUGAAUUAAGCCAAUCCCCAAAGUAAGAACAAGAAGAAAAUGCAAAAAGGCAAGCAAAGCAAGUCAACGUGUGGACAGAGAGACAGACAGACCGACUAGUUGCAAGUUGAGUGUAAACGGUUACAAUAAUUUUAUGAUAGAAGAACAACAAAACACGCAAGUGAAACUUAUUCAAACCAAGAGAGGAAAUACACACAAAAGCUAUGAAAUUAAAAGCAAUUGUUAUUGAUAAUUUAGCGGAAUGUAAUGCGAAUGCAUCAUGCAAUUGUUAAAACUCAAUAAAGGAAACCAAACUAAAUA